GCGAGCAACAUGCAUCGGGAUCGCGGAAUGUCGUGCUCUCUCGCCUCAACAGUUAACAAUAGAGCUUGGUAGGAUAAAGUGAAGGCUUGGCUACGUUGCUAGUUUGGAUAAUAGGUAGAGUGCCAAGACGUUAUUUUAAUUUUGGGGAAAGAUGUCGGGUAUUAAUGAUCUCGAGGCUGAGGCUGAGGACACAGAAUCAUCAAAGGAUAACAAGGAGGGAAAACACAUCUCCUGGAAAGGCAGCCCACAAAGUUCGAAAGAGGAAUUACCGGUGGCAGCGGGUAGUAGUAGUGGUGCAGAGGAGGAAGAAGAAGAGAAAGAGAAACACGUUUCUUGGAAAGGAAGUCCAUCUGCUUCUGCUUCGAGUUCGAAGGAAGAACUAGCCGCAUCAGGCAGUAGUACGGAGGAGGGAGACGGGAAACACGUUUCUUGGAGAGGAAGUCCUCCUCCUAUCCCUAUCCCAUCCAAGGCGGAAAACGGAUAUCCGAAAGAGGGAGAAAGUCUUACGAUUGAAGAACACGGAUAUAGAUGAAGAUGAAGUAAAAGCCGGAACGGAGAAAUGGGCGAAAUUACUGGUGGGGAGGAAGUUUGAGGUUGAUACUAGCUUGAGGUGAGAGGGGGAUUCUAGACCUGUUGAUAAAGAGGUUUACUCUUUUCUUUUCUUUUUUCUUCGAGGAUGGAGAGGGGGUAAGAAGGCUGAUGAGGAUGAGGAUGAUAGAUCGAAAUG